UGCGCCCAAAAGCGCCUCUCAUUUCAUCAGUAUGAUCACCACCCCCGGUUCCCACACGCAGCAGCGCAAAGUCCACCCCCGUAGUAUAUUUGCAGGAGCUUUCGCUGCUGUGCUCAUAUCAAAAUCUCCCCCACGGGCCACACGCGGCGACACCGGCACACCAACUGAGCCCUCGUUGCUUGAUAUAGAUCAUUAGAUCGUUCCCAUUGGUUGGCUACAAAGGUUGUUCGCCAUCUUCGUCUCUCCUGGGACUGGUAGCCACCGCAUUGUGAGGAGAGAUUUCAGAAGGCGAUUUUUGGUUCUUUAGUUCAGAGUUCAGGCAGGUUUCUCUUUCAUGUUCUUGGGAUUCUGUGGCAGUGAGAAUCUUGGCAGAGAGGAAGAAAGGAUGCCUUUGAGGUAGCAUGAGGUGAGGUGAGUGAGUGAAGGAGAGGGGAUUCAUACGGAUUUGCAGCCUCUCUUCUCCUGCCAUUGUUCAGUCCGAGGACUGCAUUGUGUGUGGUUGCCCUUCUUCAGUUUAGCAGUUAAUUUCACUGCCAAGGCUUGAUUUGAGGGUUCGUUUUUGAGGAACUCUUGGUGACUUUUAUGUUCUAGGAGUGGCUGAAUUGACUAGCAAAAUGUUUGUAUCUGCAAGAAAGAGACUGUUCUUUCUGUUCAUAAGUUCUCUACUUCUGUCGCUUCUUGCGCCGUCUGAUGGCUCAUCAAACUCCACAGCGAAUCUCAAUCAAAGCCACAACAAGACCGGACGUACUUUGGAGAUGACACCCAAAGUAUUAUUUCAACUCAAGAUGCAUGCAUUGUUCCACUGGUCUUCUUUUGGUUUCUUGAUGCCUGUAGGGAUAAUACUAGCCAGAAUGUCAAGCAAAUCUAAAAGCGGCAGGAGCAUCAGAGUCCUUUUCUAUUGCCAUGUCAUUUCUCAGAUUGCAGCUGUCCUUCUUGCUACCGGCGGUGCGGCUCUUUCACUAAUGAACUUUGAGAAUUCAUUCAGUAACAGUCACCAGAGAGUAGGAUUAGCAUUGUAUGGAUUCAUGUGGCUCCAGCCGCUUAUCGGUUUCUUCAGACCAGAAAGAGGUGUUAAGGUAAGGAGCUUGUGGUACUUCCUCCACUGGCUUCUUGGCAUCGCAAUUUGCGCAACUGGCAUUACAAAUGUCUACAUUGGCCUUCACACAUACCAUGAGAGAACCACAAAGAGUGUGAAGCUUUGGACCGGCCUCCUUACUUUCGAGCUCUCCUUACUGCUUUUCUUCUACCUCUUGAUAGACAGAUGGAGCUACAUGAUGAAGCAAGGAAAUGCCCCUAUCGAGCAGCUAAGACCUACCGACAAUCGCAAAACCUAUCCGACAACUCUUCGGAAGGAAUUGGGUAUGGUGCAAGAGUGAGAUGCCCAAAUGAAAAGACAACUUAGGAGGGCAGGUGCUGUAAAGUUUGCUGAGAAAGAUGGUAAUGCUGCUCAAUGGUUUGGUAAUUUGUUGGUUUGAGAGGUGUGCCUUGAACACUGUACAGUUCUAUACUUUAUUGAGAUUGAAGAGGAUUAUGGAGCCCUCUGGUGCUGUAUCUUGUGCUGUGCAUUUAAGAUUUUGUUACAAACCACCGUUUGUACUGUUUGUGAAAAAGUACAGAUAUGCAACAUUUAUAUUUCUCAGGCAAGAAAUUAUUGUCUACUACUAUUUA